UGUCAUGGCUGACUCACUUUCGAGGAUAUCAUUCUAGCAAGUGUACGACAACAAACGAUGCCACAGUUAGGUCAGUAGUUGUGUAUAUUGUAAAUUAACGUGUGGGAUGUCGUCGAGUGAGCAGCAGAGUUAAAGCCGAUGUGCGGCUGUGACAACGAGACGUAAUAAAGAGUGUUUUCGCGAGUGUAGUACAUUCGUGAAACGAAACGAUGAACGGGUUAAGUUUAAGCGAACUAUGUUGCCUAUUUUGCUGCCCGCCCUGCCCUUCCAGGAUUGCCGCCAAAUUAGCGUUUCUACCCCCGGAGCCGACCUACAGCUUCAUCGAGGACGAGGGCUCCAAAUACACGAUUUCGCUCUCCGACAGAGCAGAAUGGCAGUACUCGGAGAGAGAAAAGGAGUCCAUGGAGGGUUUCUAUGCCAGGACGUCUCGAGGAAAUCGCAUAGCCUGUCUCUUUGUUCGAUGCUCGGCAACCGCGAGAUUCACGAUUCUCUUCUCCCACGGCAAUGCCAUCGACUUGGGCCAGAUGUCCAGCUUCUAUUUGGGCCUUGGCUCAAGGAUCAAUUGCAACAUAUUCAGCUACGAUUACUCCGGGUACGGCGUCUCCGGAGGCAAACCCUCGGAGAAGAAUUUGUAUGCUGAUAUUGAUGCUGCUUGGCAUGCUCUCCGAACUCGAUACGGUAUCAGCCCUGAAAAUAUUAUCCUCUAUGGGCAAAGUAUUGGUACCGUUCCCACAAUCGACCUAGCAUCCAGGUACGAGGUCGGAGCUGUUGUUCUCCAUUCGCCUCUCAUGUCUGGUAUGCGAGUCGCAUUUCCGAAUACAAAGAGGACUUGGUUCUUCGAUGCCUUUCCGAGUAUAGAUAAAGUGCCGAAAGUGACAUCGCCCGUACUGGUUAUUCACGGAACUCAAGACGAAGUCAUAAAUUUCAGUCAUGGACAAGAAAUAUAUGAGAGAUGUCCAAGGGCUGUUGAACCCUUAUGGGUUGAGGGUGCUGGUCACAAUGAUGUGGAAUUGUACAACCAGUAUUUAGAGCGUCUGAAGCAAUUUGUGAGUGUGGAAUUGGUGAACUGACGGCGACUCAGCCUCUCCCAGAGUCAGGGAGGGCAGGGAGUUGGUCUCACACAUGUCAAUAGUCAGGUACAAUCUAUUUCAAAUAACUCCAACACAAUCAGCUCCAUCUCGACCAGCUCGCCUACCGAAAAGCUCGUAUAGCAAUCACCUUCCGCAGGGGAGAUCGUCACACUCCCCUGUGACGGAGACCCCUCGCCAGUAUCCAAUGACGAGGCUAUACUUUUCCCC